AUGAGUACUAGAUCUUCUAAAUUCAUUUUGCAUGCAGCUGCUGAUUUUGGCUUUCCGAAUAUCGUGCCUUAUUUGGCCCCAAAUUCGAGCACUAGCAACGGAGUCAUAUUUUCAGUAGCAAGAAGUCCAGUGCUCGACAGAAUUUUCUUUGCCUUAAGAGGCAUUCUCAUCCCAUCGUACGCUGUUUCUCUUAAUAGACAACUAAAUUGGUUCAAAACACAUCUAAGAUCGGUUUGCGCAUCAACGGCAGACUGUAGAAAUAGGCUAGCAAAUUCUCUUAUACUGUUGGGGGAUAUUGAAGCCAAUGAUGUUGGCUACGCACUGACUCAAGGAAAAUCCAUCAACGAAGUGCGGACUAAUUACGUGCCUCGUAUAAUACAGACUCAAAUAGAUGUCGUAAGAGAGCUUACCGGAAUGGGCGCCAGGCGAAUAAUAGUUCCUGGAAGUUCUCCGAUCGGGUGCUUUCCCUACAUACUAACUCAAUUCCCGAGCAAUGAUCCCAAUGCUUACGAUCAAUUCGGUUGUCUUAAAAGCGUUAAUGAUCUCAUUACCUUUAAAAACAACAUUCUCCAACAAGCGCUCGCAAGGCCAAACAGAAACAACACACUUAAAGCUUGCUGUGGAAUUGGGGGGAGAUACAAUUACAACAGUAAUACGUUUUGUGGGAGCCCAGGCGUGCCCGUUUGCCCGGACCCAAACAAUUACAUAUUUUGGGAUGGUUUGCACUUAACGCAAGAAGCCCAACUUCGUAUCGAGAAGAAUCUCAUCCAACCGGCUCUCGCAAUGUUCAACUGCACAACCUAA